UCUAGAACAGCACCCUCAUUUCUGUGUCUGCCUGAGUGACAGGCAACGACAUGAGGUUCCAAAAUUCUGCUUUGCUUCGUUGUGAAAUGUAUCUUCUAGCAAAGUCUUUCUACUGACCUGAUUUAUUUCCAGAGUCCAGUGCGAGGUUGAUGAACUAAAAGAGGUAUUUUAUACACCAGAUACAGGUAAAAUUGAGAAAUUUCUUAAUGUCAUGUAAAAUUUCCAGAAAACUGGCAAAAAGGUAAUUGCUCUUAGCAGAGUUUCAUUGUUUCAGGGAGGUGCAUGGAUGUCUGAUUCACUCGUGUAAAAAUGUAAGUCUUUGCAUUAAAACAAAUCUAGUGCUUAUGAACAGAAAGGACUGACUGAUCGGAAGUAAAUAGAUAAAGUCAACUGAACAUAGCAAGUGUAAUCAUGAUGGAGCUAAACAUUUUAUAGGUAGAUCAAUACAGCACAUCCGCUUUAAACAAGUUCACACUCAUACCAGAAGCAGUCCAAGUAUUGCAAUUGUUACAACAGACUGCAAAUCCUUUUUUAAUAGCUGGGUAAAUAUUUGAGCAAUUAACUUGCUACAAGCUUCCUGCAACUGAGGCUUCACUCUUACUUGCAGAAAGGCAGCACUGCCAGCAACCCAGAAGCUGCCCUUGAAUCAACCUUUGAAGGAACAGACAGCAGCAGCAAUACCGGUGACAUACAGUGUUUGAGUAAUAUCUGUGUGGUUAUCGAGUCUCUAUGCAGAAAUGCGGGCUAAGAAAUUGCCUGAAGUUCCAGGGAAGACAUUAUCUACAGCACUCUGAGGAAAUAAGAUUUAAGAAAAUUUUAUUUACUAUUUCCGACAUUCCUAGAAUUCCAUCACCAGUGAGAGUCAUGAGAACACUGAUAUAAAUGAGUGUGUAGAAAGACCUAAAUGAAUAGAUCCACGUCAUACUUUUCUUUUAUUCUGAGGUUUGGCUGCCUUCCAUGUGUUCAUGAAAUAAAUUGGCUGCAGCAGAGCAGCUAGUAGCAUUCCACCGAGUGGAAGAAUCCCAGCAGGGACAGAAGCCGGCUCAGUAAGGACUAGGAAUGAGAGACAGAUCAGAUUACCAGAGUUUCUCAUCGAGCUGCAAAAUGAUGCUCCGCUCAGGCCGUGAAAAGCCAUACGGAAUGCCUCCUUGUGAGAAGCAACCAGUGAGAAAGAAGUUUCUGAUGAGCACCAGAUCAGCAGCUGCUGAAAACUCAGAGCUUCAGCUGCGGCAAACGCUGAGGUGCUACAUACAGACUGAAGAUUCAAAAACUGUGCAUUUCAACUUAGAUGAACGUGGUCGCCAUGAAAUAUCAACCAUGGAUUCACAACACCCUGCAGAUACGGCGUGGUUAAGCCUGUUCACAAGCAACAAACGAGAGGUUAGAGCAAAAACAAACUCUAAAAAUGUGGUGGUCCUCAUGCAGCGAUUAAGGUGCAAUGAAUUUGUGCUGUUGAGCAAGGGAGAAAAUCAGCUCUGUCUGAAGGUUUUAAAGGGAUGCUGUUCCGAGCCAGAUCAUUCUUCACUGGAAGAAGGCAACAGAAAAACAUGCACAAAGGGAGGUCUUGACUUCAACAAGCUGAAGGAAGACAAUCACUUUUUCAUCAUGCAUUCUGAGGGAGAUUCGGUGAAGUUCCAGUGCUACGAAGACACAAAUUACUUUCUGCAUGUGAAUGAUCACUCACUUGACAUACGCAAGCUGGAUCAUGAUGACCAGAAUGCGGAGAGAAACUUUGUCUUCAAGUUGACAUAUUUUUAGGAAAAAUUGUUUUUUCUACCUUUCAGUGGCCUAAGUAUCAACACAGCUUCUAUCACAGUCUAUACAGAGAGGGCAAGAAGUUGAGGUUAAUUCAUUUCUCUUUUGCCUUACUUUUUACUUCUUUUUGUUGUUGUAGUUGUUGUUCUAAUGACCAUUUUGCAUGAAUAACAUCUUUUCUUUCUGUACUUAAAUAGGAAGAGAUAAUGGCUAAAUUUGAAAAACACAGUAACUAAUCAGUCUCUUCAUAUAGUACCUGCACAAUUAUGGACUUCAGAAGCUGAAUUUUCCCUGAAGGUGAAAAGUACGUUGCAUAUAUUGCAAUGACAAGGGAAAAGGGCUUAUGCACAGUCAUGGAAAAGCAGAGCUUUCCACAGUGCAAACCUUCCACUAUUAAAAAAAUAAGUUUCUUAUAAGCUCAUCUGAACUUGCAGAAAUAACGCUUAGAAGUCACUAAAUGUAUAUGUAUGUAUACUGACCAAGUGGUGGUGGGAAAGCUGAGGAAAGUAUCAUUCACCUCAAGGAGAGCAGGGGAGGAGGUCAGGGCUCAGCAGCUCAGAGUGCAUGCACUUAGCCUGGCAGCACUGCAGCCUCAACAGGGCCCUAGGGGAAGUGCAGUCAGUGCUUGGCUGCAAAGAGGCGUGCGGAGCAACAUCUGAAACAUUCAGUUUUCAUAAUGACCAAAUAAAUUGGAAAUGAGCAAGUGAGCUGAAAAAACACACACACAGUACCACAGGAGCAGCCUUUUAGCAAUGGGCUCUGUCAGUCAGAGUCAGUCUUAAUGAUCUUAAAGGUCUUUUGCAACCUUAGUGAUUCACAGUUCUAGGAGGAAGAUGCUGCCCCUUAGAGCACACACAUUGUACUCUGUGAGGCACAAAACACAUUGAAUAGAAGAGAAAACAAACCACGGGUGCACACACGAUCAGUGGGUGUUAAAAGUCUGGUUCUCGGCUGCUGUGCAUGCAGAUCCACUGCCAUUUGGUGGCACUUUAACACAAUGGGUUAGGGACCACGUUUGUGUGAAUGCUAGAUGUCAGCAGCUGUGCAGGGAGCUGUGGCUCAGCUUCAGUGAAACAGCAUACAGAAACACUGCCCUGCAAGGCAGGUAGUGCAUACUUGGAAUAGGAAUCCUAACAUCAGUCAAUCAAAUUCAUGUGCUUUACAACAGGGCAAUAUUAUAUUUCUUUCAGUAACAGCAAUGUGGUUCUUCACUGCUGACUACUACACUUAGAACAGCAAAAAUCAUUUUGUUGCUUCCAUUGCUGGUAGAACAGAAGAGAGUUUUUGAGUAUUCUACAGGCAGAACUUAUGGCUUCUAGAUCUGUUCAGUGUUCACUGAAGUCAGUGGAUGGGAAACAAGCAAAAACACAACAGCCCAAUCCCAACAACAUCAACGAAAAAACCUACAUAAUGGGAAACAGUGUUGAUAGGUGAAUGGUUGUACUGGAUGAUCUUAGAGGUCUUGGUUAUUCUAUGAUUCUGCGCUUCGCUUCUAUGAUUCCAUAUUGACUACAGCAUAUGUUACAGACAAAGUAAGAUAUUUAGAAUAAUCUAUUAUGCUAAACAAAGAAUGAAUUAAAUUGUGUAUCAGGUGCAAUAAUUUCACUGAGACAGUAACACCUGGCAGUCUGACAUUUACCAGCGGUGAGGUGAUGACCUUACUCCGUCACAGUAGCUGAUGAAAUAAUUACUAGUAUUCACCACAAAGCUUGUAUGAAGCAUACUGAUAGAACACACAACUGUCUGCAAAAAGAUAUGUUUAAACUCAGUGAACACUGAUUCUGAUCUGUGGUCAAAGCUUAAAUUAUGGCUGUAAUGCAGAAUGCUGCACUUCUACCACCUACCUUAAAAACAAGAUCAUUUAAAACAAUUUUUGCAUAGCAGCAGUGGUAGUUUUGUAAAGUUGUAGACUCCGAGAUACAAAGUCAAAAUGUUGUUUGACAAUUUAUUUAUUUAUUUUUUUCAGAAAAUAAUAAAUUCAGUCAGCUCUGUGAUGAGAAAUUGGGUCAGCACCUCAUGGAUACUCACCUUUCCCAGACUCUUACUUUGCACAUACAAAACCUGUGAACUGACAAGUAACAGACAAGGGGGAAAGCAUAUAUUGGUUCUAUUUAGACAUUAAUACAAAGCCAAUGCCAGUGAGCGGUUGAUUUUAUUUUUCUUUUUUUCUCUUUUUUUUUUUUUUUAAAUAUAGCCUCCUCACUCUACAGUGGGGAAAAAUAAAUGCAUUUAUCCAAUGUGUCUAACAUCUGAACGUGAAACAUAGUUACUAUGUUGCAGCUUAUUUUCAAAAUGAGGCAGAUAUUAUUAAACAUUUACUUUGCAGGUAUGAUAAUUAUUAAAAUAUUAAUAUCAAUAUACUUGUUUUGUUUUUCUGCACUUCAAAAGCUGUGCCAAAUAGAAAAUACUGGGUUCUGUUUAUUGGAAAACAAUUAAAUGCAAGUUGUCUUCAUAUGUAGCUUCAUGGACCUCUGGUACUUUGACCAUAAUUGUGAGCUGUUAGAAUAACAUUUGUAGAAGAACAUCAUUCAGAAUAAAUAAUGUGAUUCUGAUGCUAGUUAAUCCAAGGGAAAUAAUUAUUAUUAUAAUAAUAGAGUAUAAAGUGGUGACCAUACCUGCCUAGCAUCUAUGUGCCAGUUAAUCCAGAGACUGGAUUUUUUUUGUCCUUGGGGAAGGCAAUCAUCGCUCAGUAGAAGAAGAAGACUGACUAAAUGAUUACUGCAUUAAAGUCUGCUUGGGAUCAUCUGCUGUACAUUAAAGCAUGAGAUUGGUACCCAACAUUGCUAGGCCUGAAAUAUAAGCCUUCUGUGUGCUGUGUUACACACUAACUUCAUUAUGGACAUCCAUGGAUUAUGAACCAGAUAUCAAAAUUAGAAAUGGUUAGUCUAAUGAAUGUUUUUACAGUUGGAACAAAAGGUAAUGACCUAGCUUGAGUGCAGUUACAACAGUACUAAGACCUGUAAAACUUCUAAGUAACUCAAGUUAACCAUUUUCUAUUAAAGGAACACUAUCAAACACUAUGUACAUUUCCAUUUACUCUGUUAAUUCUGAUUAGUAACAUAAUAAAGGACUAGACAAAGA